AUGAGAGAAGCAGAGAGAACCGUCACGAAGCGACGCAGCGGGAAGAGAAGGAGAUACGCGGAUAGAGGCGGAGAGAAUCGACGAGGUGGCGAGAGGAGAAGCGACGCGGAGAGAGGCGGAGAGAAGCGGAGAGGUCGCGAGAAGCGGAGAGGCGGAGAGAGGUGGAGAGAAGCGACGAGGUGGCGAGAGGAGGAGAGACGCGGAGAGAGGCGGAGAGAAGAGGAGAGGUCACGAGAAGCGGAGAGAGGUGGCGAGAAGCGGAUAUGCGGAGAGACGGAGAGGAUGAUAGAGAAGCUUCAGUGGUUUCCGUCGUUGAUUUCACCGGAGGGAACACAACGAAGCAGACACAAUCGCCAUGUUCUUCGCCGUUGA